AUGUCAAGGGCAAAAAAACUUAUUGAAGCCGCUUUAAAGAAAAAUGACAUAAUUAUCACAAAAGAGUCUAUUGAAAAUAUGCCUGUUAUAUUGGUUGCUGGUACGGCAACAUCUAAUGUUGCUUCAGAGAUCGUUACGGAAUUUGAUCCUCUAUCUGAUUGUAUUUCAACAUCCGACCUUGCUACGGAGGUAAUGGAAAUUGAGACACUGCCUGGUUUGUCGUCAACAUCUGAUGCUCUUCUUACUUCGACAAUAAUGGUCAUUGAACAAAUAUCUGAUAAUUCAUCCGGCCUCGUAACAUCGGUUACUCAGGAAUGCAUAGAAACCACCACAACUUCCGAGGGUACAUCACGUAAUGAUAAUAAUGCUAUCUUGAUGGACAACUGUUUAUUGGAUGAUAUUGAAUGCUUGGAUGCUGAUGAUUCAUUCAGCCUAUUGACAUCAGUUACUCACGAAUGCAUUAAAUCAUCUGCACCGGCUACAAAUUCCGAGGGUGCAUCAUGUAAUGAUAAUUGUGCUGUCUUGACUGAAAACAAUUUAAUCGAUGAUAUCGACUUCGGGAAUAUACCACUUGUACCUUAUUCUGAGCAUUCCGAUUCUAAUAGUGAAGAAAAACCAAGGAAAAUUAAGAGAAGAAAAAAAAUGUCUGGUAAACAAAGCUACAUGGAAAGAUCAAAAAAACAAAUUAAAUAA